AUGGCUUUCUCCACCUCAGAAUUGGCUACCUUGCCUCCACUUCGCCCAGUAGCGACUCCCAUGCCCGUACGCCUGCCUGGAAUUGAGCAUAUCCAUUCCUUACCCGACCCACGUCCAUCACGUACCAUUCCUCUUUAUGCCCCUCAUGCAUCCGUGCCUAUACCACGAAAAUUCUCUACCUCAUCGUCGAUCACGAAUGAGUCACGAUCCCCGUCUCCCUCUCUAUCCUCACCUUCAAGCUCUUCGUCCCCAACCCUUGUAAAUCCUAAUCACGGAUUGACCUCCACCCAACGUGGCCAGCCGUUUAUGCGACUUGUUCCUACCGAUAUGGCCCACGCAGAGGCUGUCGUAGUUGUGCCUCCUCCCGGGCCUGAAUCUCAAAAACCCUUACUCCUUAUCGGUCCUGCGUUGAAAUUCAUCAACCACCCUCAGCGACGUAUUGCCCGUGGUGCACGGGUCUAUCCGUAUCGCAGAGAAAUGAGUCCCCAUCACGCCCGAAAGGCUUCCUGGGCAUCCACUGAUUGUUCGGAAUCAUGA